AUGGCGUCCAUGCCUGCUGCCACCAUCUACCCCCAAAGCCAUGUCGGUUUCGACAGCAUCACAUCCCAGAUUGAGCGCAAGCUGCUCAAGCGUGGAUUCCAGUUCAAUGUCAUCUGCGUUGGCCAGACGGGUCUAGGCAAGUCGACAUUGAUCAACACCAUCUUCGCCUCGCACCUCAUUGAGUCGAAGGGCCGCCUCAACCCCGACGAGGUGAUCCGCUCGACCACCGAGAUCCAGUCCGUUUCGCACAUCAUCGAGGAGAACGGCGUCCGGCUGCGCCUCAACAUCGUCGACACCCCCGGCUACGGGGAUCUGAUCAACAACGACCGGUGCUGGGACCCCAUCGUCAAGUACAUCAAGGACCAGCACUCCGCCUACCUGCGGAAGGAGCUCACAGCGCAGCGUGAGCGCUACAUCCAGGACACGCGCAUCCACUGCUGCCUGUUCUUCAUUCAGCCCUCGGGCCACUCCCUGAAGCCGAUCGAUAUUGUCGUGCUGAAGAAGCUGUCCGAUGUGGUCAAUGUCGUUCCUGUGAUUGCCAAGGCCGACACCCUUACCCUCGAGGAGCGCCAGCUGUUCAAGGAACGUAUCAAGGAGGAGUUUGCGUUCCACAACUUGAAGAUGUACCCCUACGAUAACGAUGAGUUUGAUGAUGAGGAAAUCACGGUUAACAACCAGAUCAAGAGCUUGAUCCCCUUCGCCGUUGUCGGUUCCGAGAAGUCCAUCAUUGUCAAUGGCAAGCAGGUCCGGGGCCGCCAGAACCGGUGGGGUGUUAUCAACGUGGAGGACGAGAACCACUGCGAAUUCGUCUACCUCCGCAACUUCCUGCUUCGCACGCACCUGCAGGAUCUCAUCGAGACGACGUCUCAGAUCCACUACGAGACCUUCCGCGCCAAGCAAUUGCUGGCACUCAAGGAGAGCAGCGCGCAGGGCGGCAGCCGGCCCAUCAGCCCGUCGGCCGACCGCGAACUGAGCCGCAGCUCGCAACGGGUCACUAUGAACGGCUACUAA